AAUUGUCACUGUCAAAUGUCAAAAAUAAAUAUUGUAAACUGUUUGCAAAAUCAAAUAAAAGAUCUCAAACUGCCUACUGAAACUAGUAGCAAAUAAAAAAUAAUGGCCACGGAAGUUGCCGUUAAAAAAGUUGACAAUGCUUGUGAAACUGCAGAAGAAUUUACAAAAUUAUUUUAUAAACAACUUGAUAAUAGUAGACACCUAACCUCCAAGUUGUACCUUGAUACAGGUUUGUUAGUAUGGAACGGAAAUGGAAUCAAUGGAAACACUAAGAUCCAGAAAUUUUUAUUAGAGUUACCGCCGAGUAAUCAUUACGUAAAGACUCUAGAUGCUCAACCUGUGUCCGAAAACUUUAUGCCUAAUAAUUUGACAUACCUUAUUCAAGCCUGUGGUGAUGUCACAUAUCAGAAUGAAGAAGAAAGGAAACCAUUUCAACAAACUUUCUUAAUUGUUGCCGUGGAUGGAAAGUGGAAAAUUGCAUCAGACUGCUACAGAUUACAAGUACCCUAUAGUAAUUAAAAUUAAAGAUGUUUGAACGAAAUAAAGUAAUACAAAUACC